UGGCGAGGAGCCGUUCACUUCCGCUGUGGAAUUCGGUCGGUCGAUCGAUCGAUCGCUCUGGUAAUCUGAUGCUCCCUAUCCAUGGAGUCUGUGAUGGAGGAGGAUCUCAUACUCGACGAUGACCUGCUCUCCCCCAUGACCACCGAGGACAUCAUCCGGGCCUCUCGCCUCCUCGACAAAGAGAUCCGCGUCCUGAAGGAUGAGUUGCAGAGGUUGAAUCUCGAGUUGGAGUCCUUGAAGGACAAGAUAAAGGGGAAUCAGGAGAAGAUUAAGAUCAACAAACAGCUGCCUUAUCUCGUGGGAAACAUCGUAGAGAUCUUGGAGAUGAACCCAGAAGAAGAGGCUGAGGAGGAUGGGGCCGAUAUUGAUCUCAAUUCUCAAAGGAAGGAAAAAUGUGUUGUCUUAAAAACCUCAACACGGGAAACAAUCUUUCUUCCUGUUGUUCGGUUAGUGGACCCUGAUAAGCUAAAACUCGGUGACCUUGUGGGGGUCAACAAGGACAACUACAUAAUCUUGGACACACUUCCAUCUGAAUAUGACUCGCAGUUGAAGGCAAUGGAAGUUGAUGAGAAGCCGACGGAAGAUUACAAUGAUAUAGGAGGCCUUGAAAAACAGAUCCAAGAACUUGUUGAGGCAAUUGUUUUGCCGUUGAUGCACAAAGACCGUUUCCAGAAGUUAGGUAUUCGUCCUCCUAAAGGAGUGCUUCUUUAUGGACCUCCUGGAACUGGUAAGACUUUGAUGGCACGUGCAUGUGCUGCACAAACAAAAGCAACUUUCUUGAAGCUGGCAGGUCCUCAGUUAGUUCAGAAGUAUAUUGGUGAAGGAGCAAAACUUGUUCGUGCUGCCUUUCAGCUAGCAAAGGACAAAUCUCCCUGUAUAAUUUUUAUAGAUGAGAUAGAUGCAAUAGGGACCAAACGAUUUGAUAGUGAAGUAAGUGGAGACAGGGAAGUGCAACGGACAAUGUUGGAAUUAGUUAAUCAGCUUGAUGGUUUUAGCAGUGAUGAAUGUAUAAAGGUCAUAGCGGCAACAAAUCGUGCUGAUAUUCUUGAUCCUGCUCUUAUGCGUUCUGGACGUCUAGAUCGCAAAAUAGAGUUCACUCAUCCCACUGAAGAUGCAAGAGCUCGGAUAUUGCAGAUUCACUCGAGGAAGAUGAAUGUGCACCCCGAUGUGAACUUUGAAGAGCUGGCCAGGUUAACUGAUGGAUAUAAUGGGGCACAGCUUAAAGCAGUUUGUGUAGAAGCUGGAAUGCUCGCUCUGCUUCAAGAUGCAACCGAGGUGACACAUGAAGAUUUCAAUGAAGGGAUAAUCCAAGUUCAAGCCAAGAAGAAAGUCGGCUUGAAUUAUUAUGCUUAGUGCCAAGCAGCGUGGAUGCCCUUAAAUCUCAUCUUCCAACCUCAACGUUCUUUCUGUCAUUUGCCAAGGUUGUGGCUCAUGAUCCUUAAUUAGAGCCACAUUAUUACUUGAAGGUAAGUAGUGUUCACCAGUUUCUCCACACAAAAAUUGGGAAGCCCUACAAACAAAUAUUUCAACAUCGAGAACCCAGUAAAUGCAUCUUCAUAUAAUCCACAAAUUAAAGAUGAAAUUGUUUUCUUAUA